AGGAGUGGUUUACUGCAUGUAACUUCCUGGUGUGAGUAACAGAUGCGUGGUGUUAGUUCAAUCGUAUGCCCGAGGAAGUGGAUACAUAUUUUCAAAUAUGAAUGAUCGGGAACUCGAUCUGACAGAGGCGCAGAAGGCGCUAAAAGCGAAAUAUCCUUCAAUCAACAAAAAAUAUGAAUACCUGGAUCACACAGCGGAUGUCCAGAUCCACUCCUGGGGCGACACUCUGGAGGAGGCGUUUGAGCAGUGCGCCAUGGGGAUGUUUGGGUACAUGACUGACACUGAGACAGUGGAGCCGAUCGACACAGUGGAAGUGGAGUCGGAGGGUGAAGACCUUCUCUCUCUUCUCUUCCACUUCCUGGAUGACUGGCUGUUUAAAUUUAGCGCAGAUCAGUUCUUCGUCCCAAGGGAAGUGAAGGUGCUUCACAUCGACCGGAUGCGUUUCAGGAUGCGUUCCAUUGGCUGGGGAGAAGAGUUCAGGAUCUCCAAACACCCCCAGGGGACGGAAGUGAAAGCAAUCACCUACUCAGCGAUGCAGAUUCACGAGGAGAAUAAGCCAGAGAUUUUUGUCAUUAUUGACAUUUAACAGGACACCUUAGUGCCUCACCGGACGGUUGAUGUGGGCGGUGAUCUAUGUCACUGUCAGCAGGGCUGAUAUCCCGGAUCAGGACAAGAGGUCUGCAAGAGCUGGCGCUACAAGUCAAAGCUUGAUUUUAGUGAAGGAUGGGUUUGUGUUUGAAUAUGCCAUGGGGGCAGAUCUUUUCUCCCGUGCAUUGUUGGAAGGAAAUUCAGACCACACAUAUAAAAACAGUAGAAUAAUUAUAAAAUUGUGUGGUUACAGUUAGAGCUUGCAGUUUAGAAACAUUCUGAGCGUCACCAAUCACAGAAUUUAAACAUCUCUUUUAAUUUAUUGAAGAUGUUCAUUCAAACCAUUGAAAUAAGUUAACAAAUCGGCAUUUGUAGAUGUAUGUUUUAUGAUUUAUGUAAUGAAUUAUGUUGUGGACCCUGUGCUAGGCGACCGGAUUGCUGAGGAAGUAAAAGCCCACGAGCUGGUCCUGAUCCCGUCUAUGAAUGUCCUGUUUCCUCCCAGUCGGAGGAAGCCCACUGUCAGUGGAAUGUGAUUGAGACUUUUGUGAGCUUUUCGGAAGAAAACUGACACAUCUGUACAUAAGCUGGUGAUAAAGAAAAUCCAUUUCCGAUAGUCAAAUUUUUUCUUUUAAUGUUUUGAGGCCAAUAAAGGGUUGUGUGCGA